CCGCGGGCGAGCGCACGGCCAGGUGGAGCGGCGGGCACGGCCAGGUGGAGCGGCGGGGCAGGGCCCGGUGGAGCGGCGGGCACGGCCAGGUGGAACGGCGGGCACGGCCAGGUGGAGCGGCACCGGCACCGGCACUACCCGGGGGAGUCACUGCGCUCCUGCCCCGCCCGGCUCCGCUCCUGCCCUGCCCGGCUCCGCUCCAUCCCGGUGCGGUAGUGGUGCCGCGGCGAUGAGCGCGGAGCUGGACGGCGUGUCCGUGCACUCCUCCUCCUCCUCGUCGGGCUCGCUGGGCUCGGCGGCGGGGCCGGCGCCGCGGCCGCUCUCGGCGAACGUGCGGCGGCUGCACCAGGCGCUCACGGCGCUGCUGAGCGAGGCGGAGCGGGAGCGCUUCAUCCUCUGCCUCAACGCUUACCACGGCCGCCGCAACGUCUGCGACCUGGUGCGCUCCCUGCGCGCCCUCCUCGACGGGCCCCGCCGCCGGCAGCUGCUGCCGCUGCUGCGCCUGGUCCUGCCGCGCUCCGACCAGCUCCUCUUCGAUCAAUACACCGCCGAGGGGCCCUACCUGCCGCCGCCCGGCCGCCCCCCGCCGCCCCCCGCCCCGCCGCCGGUGGUCCCGGGCGAGCUGCGGCAGGUGACGCUGCGCCGGAGCAAAGCCCACGAGGGUCUGGGCUUCAGCAUCCGCGGCGGCGCCGAGCACGGCGUGGGCAUCUACGUGUCGCUGGUGGAACCCGGCUCUCUGGCCGAGCGGGAGGGGCUGCGCGUCGGCGAUCAGAUCCUGGGGGUCAACGGCAAGUCCCUGGACAGGGUGACCCACGCCGAGGCCGUCAAGGUGCUGAAGGGCUGCAAGAAGCUGAACCUGGCGGUGCACUCGGUGGGGCGCAUCCCGGGGGGAUACGUCACCAACCACAUCUACACCUGGGUGGACCCCCAGGGCCGCAGCGUGUCCCCCCCCACGGGGCUGCCCCACCACCAGAACAGCUCCCUGCGCAGGGACAGCGAGAAGAGGAGCCACCUGCAGCUCCUGCAGGAGGGGGACGAGAAGAAGGUGAAUCUGGUCCUGAAUGAAGGGAAAUCCCUGGGCCUCAUGAUCCGAGGAGGGGCAGAAUAUUCCCUGGGCAUCUACAUCACGGGUGUGGACAAGGGCUCCGAGGCAGAGAGCACUGGCUUGAAGGUGGGAGACCAGAUCCUGGAGGUGAACGGCCGGAGCUUCCUGAGCAUCCCCCACGACGAGGCCGUGAAGCUGCUCAAGUCCUCGCGCCACCUGAUCAUGACGGUGAAGGACAUCGGGCGCCUGCCCCACGCCCGCACCACCGUGGAUGAAACCCGCUGGAUCAGCAGCUCCCAGCUCGGGGAGACCCUGGUCAGCUCAGCAGGGGCAGUGGGUGACCAUGCAAUGGACGUGGCAGCCAGGCCCGUGUUCUACCGGGGGCUGGCCGGCUCGCAGGUGACCCUGAGCACCAUGGUGAACCAGAGCCGGGUGAUGCUGGAGGAGCAGGCACGGCACCUGCUCAACGAACAGGAGCGGGCCACCAUGGGCUACUACCUGGACGAGUACAAGGAGGGCAACAUCUCCGUGGAUGCUCUGGUCAUGGCCCUCUUUGAGCUGCUCAACACACACGCCAAGUACGUCCCAUUGCCACUGCUGACGGUGGUGGGAGGGAGACCCCCGGAUUCCUGGGAAUGUGCCUGUGCUCCAACCCGGCUCUGGCUCUGUGUGCCUGGCCAGUUCUCGCUGCUCUCCGAGGUGCGGGGAGUGAUCUCCCCACAAGACCUCGACCGCUUCGACAACCUGGUGCUGAAGAGGGAGAUCGAGUCCAUGAAGGCACGGCAGCCCGCGGGGCCCAGCUCUGACUCCUACUCCAUGAUGUCCUACAGCGACACCGUCUCGUCCUCCAGCAGCCACUUCACUGCCACCACCGUCAGCUCGGCCCGGGAGCGGCUGCUGUGGCUCAUCGACCUGAUGGAGAACACGCCAGAGCUGGAGGGAGCUGGGGACUGCCACCAGAGCAGCAUCAACACCCUGCCAGAUGUGUCCCUGGAUGAUCUCUCCUCCUUCCCAGAAGAACCACCCAACUUCAAGCCCCCUCCUCCUCCAUCAGCCCCCCAGACCCUGGACCCCUCCUCUGCCCAGCACCGGCUGCCGGGGAAGGACAAGCCCAAGCGCCCCUCCUCCGACUCCUCCCAGUCUGGCCUUUUCUUCGUGGCCCCCCGAAACCCCUCUCCCCCUCCCAACCCUCCAGAGAAGGACACGCUCAGCGUCACCUCCACGUCCACCGAGGACUCAGCCCCCGGCGCCAUCUACGCCACCAUCUCCCCGUCGGGGCGCAGCUCCCGCCGGCCGGCCGACACCGCGCUCUCCCUGCUGGGCCAGCACCCCAUCGGGCCCUUCCCCAGGGUGCAGUCGCCCACCAGGCUGAAGAGCCCAUCCCCAGAGGGGCCUCAGAGCCCCCCGUCCCCAUCCCCACCCCCUCCGCCCGCGCACCCCGCGCCCCCUCCCCCGGACAAGGGCAGCCCCCAGGCCAACCAGCAUUUCAUCAUGGUGGAGGUGCACCAGCCCAACAGCGAGCCCGACGUCAACGAAGUGAGGCCCCUGCCCCAGGCCAGAGCCUCCACGCUCUCCCAGCUGUCGGACAGCGGGCAGACCCUCAGCGAGGACAGCGGGGUGGACAUCGGGGAGGCCGAGACCAGCGGCAAGGACAAGAGCCGGCAGCCAGGCCCCGGGAAAAGCCGGAGCCCCAAGGAGGCCACGAGGAGCGAGGGGGCGGCAGAAGGGGCCUCCAAGCCGCCUGGGCUCCUGGAGCCCACGUCGUGUCUGAUCCGGGUGUCCAAGAGCGCUCCCACCUUGGGCAUCGCCAUCGAGGGCGGCGCGAACACGCGGCAGCCGCUGCCCCGCAUCGUCACCAUCCAGCGGGGGGGCUCAGCGCACAACUGCGGGAAGCUGAAGGUGGGACACGUCAUUUUGGAGGUGAACGGCACAGGGCUGCGGGGCAAGGAGCACCGGGAAGCCGCCCGCAUCAUCGCCGAGGCCUUCAAGCUGAAGGACAAGGACUACAUCGAUUUCCUGGUCACAGAAUUCAACGUGGCCCUUUAGGAGCGGGUUCAGGCAGCGCCGGGGAUGGGGAUGAGGGAUGGCCCCAGGUGGGACAGCAGCGUCCCAGCGCACAGCCCGCGCCGCCCCGCACGCACAGACACCCCCAGCUUGUCCCCAAAUGUCCCCUGCAGCCUCCCUGCCUGGCUAGGGCAGGCUGAGAACGGGCACAUCCCUUCCAGAUUCCAUCCCUGUCCUCUCCGGGGUGGGAAUAUCCUCUCCCCCUCUGCCAGGGCGGCACGGUCUGGGUGUCCCCGCUGUCAUUUGAGUGCCACACACAGAGCGAGGUGGGCCCGUGGCUCGGGCUGGAGGGAGUUUCAGGGGGUUGCUGCUCCUUUGGGUGGUCCCCAAGGUGCCCAGGGGCGUGGUACCAGCCACGGGGGGAUGCAGAGAGAGCGACCGGAGGCCUUGUAAAUUGCUGGCAAUGUUGUCGUAUUUAUAUAUACAGAGCUUGUGCUUUUAAUUUUUCAAUAAAUCUAUCAGGGUAGAAAAAA